AUGCCAAUCCCCACGCGCUCCCUUUCCCUCCGCGGACAAAGUAAACAGGUUAGUGUUGCGAACCAGAACCAACCCCCUGUCCAACCAGCUACACAGUCAGUCAGAACCAAACUCUGUCUUUCGGCUUCGGCUUCGUUUUUAUUCCCACCCAUCUACGUGGCUAUUGGCUGGAAUAUCUUACUCACUAUCACCAAGUCCACCACAGGACGCACAGCAACGACAGAUGGCGAUGGCGAUGGAUCCGCAGACACACACUCAAGCACAAGCACUAGUACAAGCACAACCGAUCGCAGGAAGAGUCUCCUCCCUCAGCGCAGUAUCCCCGUUCGUGAUCGAGACGGUGCAGCACCGGUGCGGCAGCAGCAGCAGGAGACACGGUUACAGCGAGGGAGUCGGGUCUUGACGAAGAUGCCGGUAGUACAGCAGCAUAAGGAGGAGCCCAGCACGGCAGUGGCAGCACCAGUGCCAGCGGCAGCUACAGCUACGGCAGCGAAUACUCGACGACGGAGUUUGAUACGACCUAGCCCGUUGAAGACGGGGACAGCUACGGGUGCAGGCGCAAGGACAGCGAUAGGGACAGGAACAGCGACAGGGAUGGGAACGAACCCGAGCGGGAGGGUUGCUACGACGCCGAAGAGCGCGACGUUCGCCGCGCAGGGAUUGUCGACCUCACCCAGGAAACGCGACGGGGUCUUGUCAAUGUCCCCGAAGAAAACGGAUAUGCCGCCGCCGCCACGGCCGACCCGGUCGGCUUCGAUGAGACAGCCUUUGAAAGCUGGUGCUGGUGCUGGUGCUGGUGCUGGCGCAAGUUCCGGGACCCCGGCCACUGGGGUUAGGCAUAUGCGGCACCGGAGCCAGAUUGUGGCGCCGUCGACGACUCAGACUCGGGUUUCCAAGAGGAGCGACUCGCAGUCUUCUGGGUCCACGUCUACGACGGCCGGGUUGGCAGCCGGGACGAGAUCGAGUGGGCAGUUUACGACUUAUCAGCAGCAAUUCUCGCCGAGGAAGGUGGUGAGACCGGCGGCUUUGUCUGCUGCCAAGGCGUCCGCAGAUGGGGAGGAUUCACUGAUUCCGGCGACGUGGCCGGAGAUUGCGGCGCUUCAGACGGAAUUACUACAGUUGAGCUUGCUACAUUCAUCUUCACUACAGCAGAUGGCGGCACUGGAGGCUGGGUCGGAGGAACAGCUACAGACCAAGUAUGACGCGGUCGCGAAGACGUAUCGCGCGAUUGUAGGGGAUGAAAAGAAGUGCCAGCGGUUGCUUAAUGGGCAGGCCUUGAAUCGCUGGCUUGAGAAUGCCAGCGAACAUGGUGGUCGCCAGAAUUUCGCUGCGCAGAUCCAGGUCUUUUCGCAGCUGGUGCAGGAUGUGUGUGAUUUGACCGACAGUCUCGGAGGCAGGUAUACUAUGCUUGUCCAGGAAUUCGAAGAAUGGUUCCGGAAAGUGCAAGCGAUUGAGAGCAUGCGACUUCAUCGACACCAGGGAGAUGCGAGCCAUGUGGUUUUCAUUGAUCCGCUCGAUCGUGUAUGGAAGGACGAGGUGCACGCCAUGACAAUGAAGCUUGAACAGAGCUUGAUGCAGCUGCAGAGCCUGGAUAUUGCGGGCUACGACGGACCAGAGCAAGUGCCCGCUGAUGCUGCACUUGUACGCACAGCCAAGGGACUAGACGUGAUGAUCGCUUCGAUGGUGGACGAGCUGAAAGCGAUACGUAGGAUCGAAGCGCAAAUUGUAAGGUUGGAGAGGCAGUGGGUUAGUCAGCUCACGGCCGAAUUGGCUGCAACCCACCCGCGAGAUGCGAGGGGCCCGAGGCCUGGAAUGUGGAGAACUGCGCUGUUGAGGUCAUAG